AUGGGCUGGAUGAAAGUGAUCGGUGAGUUUCUGCUACAUGUCAGUGUUUGGGUUUUGCACAGUGAUCUUCAACAAUAACUGAAAUAUGAGUUAGACUUUAUAGUUCCUCUUAGAUUUGGAUAGAAUAAGAAUAACUUUAUUUCAUCCCCAAAGGGAAAUUAAAUUGUCUUUAGUUUCACUUGUCAUAGCUGUUGACAUUUUCCUUUUUAGACACACAUCUUGUAUUUGUACUCAACUGCAAACAAUUGUUGAAUCACAAAUCAAGUUAUUUGAUUAAACUUCUUACAUCAUAAAACUUUUUCUCAUUUCAAUGAAAACAUAUGAUACUGUAGAUUUGUCAACUACCCUGAUAUCUGGGUUGUUUACUCUAUUGAAGUCCAACCAGACACACUCUAAUUGUUUUCCAUCCCUACACUUUGACUGUUAAUCCCUCAGUUGUCCGGAUUGAAGGACCUGCUUGUUAGCUUGAGGAUUAGCAUGCCAGGCUGGCAGUUCUGUAUUACCUGUGACCCUCCACAGUAUUCGAAUCUGGUAUUUGGCCACCCACUGUGCUUUAUGAUAAAGUAUCCCCAUGUUUGUUAUGCUGUUUGUCGCUCUGUACUGAACAUUUAUCAAUAUAUCUGAAGAGAGUGUGCGAGAGGUGACUAGCUUUGACAAACAGACGGAUAAUGAAGAUCAGCUCUGUGUGAUUACAGGGAGCAGAUGAGCACAGUCACUUUUUUAUUGGCACAUCUCCUCAAAUUAAACAAGCUUUAUCCUUUAAUUGAGUCAGUAUUUACAACUCUCAGUUAGACAUGGAGGAAUAAAAGCAGAUUUUAAGUUUAUAGUGGGGAAAUUUUGGGAAGACUGGCACAAGCAUUUUAUUCAGAUUCUCUCCUUCUUUGAUCACAGGCACAACAGAAGAAUAACAUCAGCAGAGUCCACACUUUAGAAAGAUCAUAGUCUAUUUGAUUUAGAGCCCAUAAAAUAUAAGCUCAUCAGCUGGCACAGUUUUCAGCCAUGAAGAAAUUUAAUUUGCUCUCAUUUCUGACACUGAUAAGUUGGAGAGACUGUGUAUGAAUCAGGUUGAAACCCCUGAUCUGCCUUUGAAUGUUCUAAAGAAGUGUCCGUUUUUUGUUAAAGCAGUGAACAGCUGAUGAGCCAUUUACGUAGGAAAGCUGAAUCUGUGAAAUUUCUCCAAUUUUACCAGGGUGAGCUAGAGGAAAACGUGACUUGGGCUUUCUGUUGCACUAGAUAUCCUCUCCAAAUGUCUCUUGCUUAUGUGGAAACCAUGCAAACUGCCAACCACAGAUUUCAUAGCAAGUCUUCAGAGUAACUGAUUGAUCUUGACUUUUAACACUCCUGUGAAAAUAAACAUUCUCAUGAAUGGAUAGGAGAGACACUUUAACAGUGUGCGACUCCUGCACACGGUUCAUUUAAACUUCAUUAGGAGACUUACAGAAGUCUUUCCACCCUUUACUCUUUGAACUUGGGGCUUACUGGGUAUUUUAUUACACUAAAAUGGUGCUACUGGUGGUAUUAGUGCCACUGCUGGAAUAUAAUGAUAAUGUGAUGAUGUCACAGAGUUAAAGAGCGCCUCCAUUCAUUGGCUGUCAUGUGGGCAGAAGGCGGAGACUGAUGUGUGGAGUAGCAUGUUCUGCAUCCUGACAGAUUCACAAUUGCUGAUGCUUAACAAUCUGGAGGUAAAACACACACACAAACACAGACACACACACACACACACAUUUUAUUCUCCUGCAACUUUUUCAGCUUGUUCUGCUGUUUUUGUUGCUUUUUUCUUAAUCAAUUCUUGUUUUUUUUUCUGCUUCCUCUUUCUGUUCUUCUUCCUUCUGUUGUUUCUUUCUCCUGCUUUGUCUUCCUGCUUUUUCCUCUGCCAUGCUCUGCUCCUUUUCCUCCUUCUGUUUCAUCACUUUUUGGUUUUCUCUUUACUUUAUCUUUCUUUGGCGUCUUCCUUUACUCUUCUUUUUCUUUUUGUUUCUCUUCUUGUUCUUUUGCACCUUCUUUUUCUUCUCUUGGUUUUGCUUGUUCCAUGUUUCUUUUUCUUCUUAUGCAACUUGUUCCUCUGUUUUUUUUCCCCUGCCUCUUGUGCUUUUUCUUGUGCUGCCUUUUCUUUUUCUGCAUCUUUUUCCUGUUUCUUUUUUGUUUGUUUUGUUUAUAUGCUUGCUCUCCUGUGAUCCUUAUAUUUAACUUUUUCCUUUUCAUUUGCUUCUGAAUCUUCUUUUGAGGUGUCUUCUACUCUUUGUAGUCUUUUUCUGUUUUCUUCUUUCUUUCAACUUCUGCUUUGUUUUCUACUUCAUCUACACCAUCUCAUACAUCUGCUUUGUUUUUUCUUGAACCACUUUUUAUUGCCUAAUUUUGCUUACUAAUCUUCUUUAACUUUUGUUUUGUUUUUUCAUCCUUUUCUCUCUCUCCAUCUCUUAAGGUUCAUCCUCUGCUUCUUGCAGAGAAGGCGGAGACUUGUACCAUCUGGUUGCUCAGAUACACUCUACAUGUGACCUCGGGACUUUCUCGCCCCUCCCACAAAGGUAAGGAGGACGUGAGGGGUUUAACAGCUGCAGAAGAGGAAGACAGACAGCUACAGACAGACAGACGGACAGCAACAGACAACUACAGACUGACGUAGAGCUGCAGACAGGUAGACACAGACAGGCAGGUGAUGGAUGUGGACUUUGAUGCAGAGUUUGAGGACUUGAACGGUAAGAAGAAGACAUUUUUUUUUUGUUUUCAUGUCUGUGUUUGUGUGUUUGCUGCUGCAACAGGAUAAGCUGCUCUGCUUAAUCUUGAUGUAAUGGUAAUAAUAAUCUCAUAAUCUGAUAUCUGAGGUCAGCUGCCAUAGCAACAUGAUUGACUGCUCCUCUGCUCAUGAGGUUACUUAUCCCAAGUCAGGUUACAGGCAUCACCUCCUGAACCAGCAGAGGGUUGAUGGUCACAGAGGAACUGUUCACAGUUAGAAAAAGUUUGGCCAAAAAUAAAGUUUUAAUCACAGAAAUUUAAGCAAAGAAAGGAAAGUGUGAGGAUGUCUCUGAAUUUAAGAUUUCUAUAAUUUUCGACUGAAUUCAAAGUAACAAAGCAGAUCCUGCAUCGGUUUUUAAAUACACAAUAAGAUAAUAAGCUCAGUCUAGAAACAUUCUCAAUACUUAGUGAGUUCAUGUUUAUUUUUAUUUAUCUUAGUGUUUAUUUUCAGCUCCCCUGAAAUAGUGGUGAUUUUUCCUCAAACUCCUUUUUGACCUCAGUACAACAAAGUUUAAUAUAAACAUAGAAACUUUGAUAAAUGGUUCAUAUUCUCAUCCUGCUUCGUAAAUCUUUUUGACUGCUUUUUAAGUGUGUGCGUGUGCGUAUGUGAGUGUGGGUGUGUGUGUGUGUGUGUGUGUGUGUGUGUGUGUGUGUGUGUGUGUGUGUGUGUGUGUGUGUGUGGGCGAUUUCAGAGGGGAUGCCACCCUCCUUUCAUUUUUUUUUUCAAAUUGACCAAAAGCCCCUUUUGCUUAAGCUGCCCUAAGCGCUUGCUGCCAACCACACAUCAGAUCAUUUUUGAAUCAUAUAAUGAAAAAAAUCACUUUACAGCAUAAACACCACUGCUUUGUGAAAGAGUGAUAUUUAUUUUGGCACAAUUUGUGAAAUUGAUAAAAAAAAAAAAGAACAUAAUGAAUUUAUUUACUGACUGUCAAACAAUUUAAAGUCACAAUAAUUACAGAUUUUCCAGCAGUUAAUUGGGAUUAAUCUUGUUUUAACCCACAUUUUCAAAAUCAAUAACUUUACUCUGAAAAUUUUAAAUCUGUCAUAACCGGGGCAAUGGAUUAAAAAUCUCAUGGUUUAGUUCAGUUCAGUUUAGGACCAGGAAAAAAAAAAGGAGAGAUUUUAUGAUUUUUCUACUCCUUGCUAAGCUGUGACUCUGACUUUACGUUUCAGGACACAACAAAUCACAAGAAAGGCCCUGUAUGGCCUCACUCAACAAAGAACAAAGUUAUUUUUUAGGGACUAUUGAAAUUUUGUUUUGACAUUUAACUGUCAUUAAACCUGCACUGAACAAAUGAACUCGACUUAAAUCAGGAAUCAUCAACUUUCACUCAUCUUUAUGUGUGUGUGUGUGUGUGUGUGUGUGUGUGUGUGUGUGUGUGUGUGUGUGUUUGUGUGUGUGUGUGCGCGCUUGCUGUGUACGCUGUGGGUCACGUGAAGUGUUUAUAUACUGAUAUUGCUGCGUCGCAUUAAAUAAACCGUCUUCCUGCCCUGCUCAUCUUUUGAGACUUAUCCUUGGUGUAAUUCUUGUCUCACUCUGACUGUGACUGCACAGUUGGAAUGAGCAGCAUUUUGCUUUCUCUUUGACCACUGGCACAGAGGAAAAGAGGACUUCCAUGGUUCAAUGUAUGUUUUAUCAUCAAAUAAUAAAGCUGUCUGUAUAACUAUUUCAUCCCUUUAUCCAUAAAUGUAUCUGCAUGGUGUGUCAAGGAAACUAUUUAUGUUCUCGAGGGUUGUCUAAAGUAACCUGUAACAAUAUUGACCCCUCUCAGUACAGUACAAUGCAGCUGUCUGUCUUGUUUUUAACUGUUUUGCUAAGUAAACAGUGAAGUCUGUGUCCUUUCAUCGAUCCAUGAUCACUCAGGGUGAUCAUAGACCAACUAUGAUUUGUUACACCUCUAAUCUUAAAAAAAACACUAAUUUACACUGCGAUCAAGCUGCUAUUGUAAUAAUAUUAUUAAUAUAUAUAUGUGGAAAAAAAACAUCUAAUAUUAGUCAAAGAAGGGGGUUUACAGUGCAGGAGUUGAUCAAUCAAUCAAUCCAUUUAACAUUGAUGAUGUCAGAUAAUGACAUGUCACAUAUACUUAAAAUAUAAACAACUAAAAUAUUACAUAAUUCCUGACAUGUUUCUUAUACCUAUCUGUCAUUAAAACAAACACGCCAACAGCUGCUGGUCACCAAGACAACUAUGUCACCACCAGUUACCUUGGCAACAGCUGUGGCACCAACCAAGGUAACUGCUGCUGGAACAACUACAAAAACUCCCAUGAUGCUCUUUGUCUGUUCCAGAUGUUCCAGAGAGAGGGGUUCGCCGACAGAGCAUGCCCAGCAGCUCAGCGGUGGACACACCCACUGCCAGAGUGACGGUGAGCAUACACCCCCACACACACACUUACACUCCCACACAAACACACAUCGCCUCUCAGCUGGGAUCAGCCCACUGUCUCCAUGGUAACAGGAGUCUAGCUGCUGUCAGCUGUGGAUCAGCUGACCGGCUCCACCUGCAGGUGGCAAACAGAGAUACAGAUGAUUUACAGGUCUGAUGUGGUGUCUCCAUCACUCCCUGUCCAACACCUCUUUCCUACAAGCCCCCUUGUGUUUAGAGAGAGGGAGUGCAAGUGAAGCGUCAGCAUGAGGAGGUAAAUCUGGAUCUGAUUCCAGUAGUCUUAUGAAAGCAAUCACAGGAACAUUCUGAACUCAUACAUUGAUGGUUUAGAUACGAACAAACUGCACUCUGCAAAUCAGCUGCAGUCUGAUCACAGGUGGCGUUGAGGUUUUUGUUAAAUUUAGGACGCACCUUACAUACAGAAGGUACCAGGCCUUAAAAAACAGCAAAAAACAGGAUGCUUCAAAAUCCAAUUAAACUAGGACACCCAAGUCUAUGUUAAUGUGUUAACUAACAAAACACAAAAUCAUGACAACCCCAGAUCCUGCAAAAAACUGGUAUCAGUAGGAAAGGGAUGAUAAUUUUUUCUUUUAAUGAAAAUCCUUUUUGCUUGUUUGUGUUGUCUGAGUAGUAGUUACCAAUCACAGAUUAGCAGUAGGACAUUUUGCAUGGUAAUAUUCUGCAUGAAAAGCAGGCACAGCAUGACAGCAGAGGUAUUGUUAAAAUUAUUUAUUUAUCUUUGACAACAGACAUUUUCAUCUAAGUGUAGCCAACAAACUGAUCCAGAUCAUAAAACUGUCUUGAAGCUGUGUUAAGACAGCCAGUGAUUGUUUAGUUUUCCUAAUGCACCAGAUAUAAUCAAUCUGACGUCCAUCCAGUUAUCUUAAAGUUCUCAUAUGACUUUGUUUUCAGCUGUUUAAAGCAUGUCCCAGUUAUCUGUAAAUCAAGAUUUUUAAUUCAGUUGCAAAAAAACAUGGUUCUGUGGAGGAUCUGCAGUCUCUUGGUUUUUAGCCUCAUUAUCCACGCAGUGAUCUGAGUGGGCAAGGAUGCUAUAGUAAUGAGGUGCUGCUCUGACGCGCUGCCUUAAUGUUGACUAGGGGGAAUGAACCGAAAUUAGACAGAUGCAGAGGUGGAAAAACACCAAAACAUCUGAGCACCCCUGAAGAACUUGUUCCUGUAAACUAAACGUAUGAUCUAGAAAUCUGGGUGCUGGGUAUCAUUCUUAUUUUCCCAGCUUUAACAUGGUUGGCCUUUUGUGGAAGCAGUCUGAGGUGAGGUAGUUUGCACAAACACAAAUUAGCAUCAACUGUGGCUGGCUCUCUGAUGUCUUAUUCAUGUUAGGGUCUAAUACUGACUCCCACUUAUCAAAAAUAGCAUAUUUACUUUGUUUUGUUUUUUUUCACCAUAAAGCAGUUAUUCAGUGAGAAGCAACUGGGAAACAGCAUAGUACAGUGGUGGUUAGCACUGUCCCCCCUUGGCAGGAAGUUUCCCUCUUGUGAUAUAGCCACUGUGGCUUCCUUUUUUGGAGUUCUCUCUCUCUGUAUACAUGGAUUAUCUUCCUGAACUCCAUCUAUCUCUUCCCACAGUCCAAAGACAUGCUUGUUAGGUUAAUUAGUAUCUCUAAAUUGCUUGUAGGUGUGUGUCUGAAUGGUUGUCUGUCUCUGUGUGUCAGCCGUGUGAUUGACUGGCGACCAGUUCGAGGUGAACCCCGUCUCUCACCUAGUGACAGCUUAAUAGGAUCAGGGUUAAAGAUAAUGGACAGAUGAUCAAUAAGUCCAAUCUUUAAGUGUUUAGCUCCACAGAAACUUUGAAACAGGAAUGUUGCACAAUUUAAGGCAAAGUUGAUUAAUGCAAAAUUGACUGUAUGAUUUGAAUGAUUGAAAAUUAAUCAACUGCUUUUCCGCCCUCUCUUCUUCAGGGGUUUCUCUCACGGAGGUUGAAACAGUCUCUUCGCCGGACUCGAUCUCAUCCUAAGUUGCCCCGUCCAACCAGCAUGAGGUCCGACAUCUUAAACAGCGCUGACACCAGGUAAAUACCUCAGACACAUUUUCAUCAUAGUAACCCAGAAAUCCCCAGUGUGGCAUCUCAUAGUCAGACUAAGACCCAGUUCCAGUUUCCCUGGUUUUGGAGUCUUUGUGGGUAGUGGUCCUUUAGGUUGUAGCUGCAAGAGAAAGGUUUCAAUGUGUCACCUUUUGCUGGGAAAGAAAGAAAUGGUAAAUCAAGGCAACUUAUCUUUGGCCACAUAAAGCACAAAACACUUCAUGCCACAUUCACUCUUUCACACACCCAUUCAUUCAUUCAUUUUCUGCAGAGGAAGUGCCACGUUCAAAGCUAUCCAUUGGUAGCUAAUAUAAUUUUUAACUCAUGCUGACUCUCUAUUGGGAGCCAUCACAACAAACAAAUUUCACUGUCUGUCUCGGCUAAUCAUACCAACUUAUACUUCAACCAAAAAAAAAAUCAUUCUUGUACGUAAUUUUAACAUAUUAAAGAGUAACAUAACAGUGGCAACGCACCAUAUUGACCAGAGUAUAUGAUACUGUUGUGUGCACCGUACUGUUUCUGUUUAAAAUAUCAGCUCCAAAUGUAAAACAUUUAUAGGAACUGUCAGGUGAAGAAAAAGUGUCAGAACAACCAAUGCCCAAAUCUCUUCUUCCUGCUGAUGUUAAGUUCAAAGGAUUUGUAGAAGCAUUUCGAUGAGAACGAUGACUUGAAUUGUUGUCAGUCUUAUUAUUUCAACACAACAAGCAUUGCUUAUCUGUCUAAUGUGACACAAUGAGCACUUACAUAUCAUCUUUCAUUUUUUCUCUGUUAGGUUUAAUAUAAGUUUACCUGGGACUCAGUUAUCAGUUUGUGUCCAACUCAUCUACAUGGGACAGAAUCACACUGAAUCCUUCUUUAAGUUCAAUUCAGAUCUGCUUGUCUUGAAAAGGAAACAUGCACACGCUUAGUUAUGUUUUUAAAGUCAUGCUGUUUGAAAAUGCACAAUCUAAGUCCUUGAACUUCCCUUUGGUCUCUAAUUUAUAAAAGUAACAGACUGAGUUUGUACCCCACGAACACAUUUCUAAAUACUUUAAUCGAUGAACCGCUUUCUUUUAUGCCUCAUAUUCAGCAGCUGGUGAGAAGAUUAAAAGUUGAGACAUGGCUUUUAUUUCAGAAUCAAAUCCUGCUUUCAAGUCCAAAAAGAGACUGGUCUGCACCACUUUUAUGUCUGUGCUUGAUUUUAGUGAUGCGUUGCCCCUCUUUUUAGAGCCUGCACGGUGUGGACACUGUGUACCAUGGAGCACUUUGGUUUAUCGCAGAUGUUAAAGCUCUCUCUCAGCACUGAUUGCUUUAAAAACACGUUGGUUGAUCUCCCUUUUUUGUGUGUACAAGAAAAUAAAAAAAGCAAAUUCUGAUUUAUGAAUCUAUGUUAGGUCUGACUUCUUCAUCCUUUCUCACAUGUAUCAAACAAGAGAGUAUAAGAAGUUACACUCUUUGAUCUGAGGACCUUUUCGUACUGUCUGUUCUCAAUGUCAGAGCUGAGAUGGGCCAAAAUGCUUUAAAAUGUGUUCCUCCUUUGAUUCAUAGGCAUACACAUCUGACUGUAGGUGUUCUGUUUGGCUUACAUAUGACUGGUUGAUUUUGCUAAUCAUUUACCAGUUUAUCCUGUUGUGAAUUUCAAUGUAUUGUGGACAUUUAGUUUAUAUUAUGUUUGUAUAUAUGGUUGUUCUUUGUCUGUCAGAGACUUUGUGAACUGUACUGCUGCCUCUCUUGCUCAGGACCCUCUCAAAAAGAAAAAAGAUUUGUGAUCUCAGAGCUUUUUUCUUCUCGGUUAUGUAAACUGAAAACAGACCACAUUAGUGAACAGGUUCAGUUUCAUCUCCAUGGACCAUGUUUUAGCUCCACCAGGUGUCUGUCUACCCGGAAAUGACUGUUGUUAGGGCGACAUCAUGGGGAUUCAGGCUAUAUCAACUAUACAGUGACAAUGGGUGAGGGGGGAGGAGGAGGGGAUUAAAGAGGAAAAAGGGAGAGGGGGGCUGGUAACACUGAUACAAUAGAGGAGACAGGGGAGGGGAGAGGAAAGAGGAAAAGACAGAAGAGAGGGAAGGAGAGGAGGAGAAGUGGAGGUAUGAGUAGAAAAGGGAUGGAAGGGGAAAAGAGGAGAGAGUAAAGAUGAUGAAGAGGAGAGGGAAAGAGGAGAAAGGAAGUAGGGCAGCCUCACUGCAGGGGAGGGGCCACUGCUGACGAAGAGGGCGGUCGAGUCACAUAGAGACAGAGAGGGAGAGAGAGAGGGCUGUAGAUGCUGAAGCCGUGUAGCAUCAAUAGCAGCAAGCUAACAGACAGACAGACUGGGAGACAGACGGACUGAGAGACAGACAGACAGACAGGUAUCAGCUUUUCAACCAAACAGCAUCAGGUUCAGCAGGCUCUCCAUCUUUCUUCCUCUCUCCUCCUGCUGCUCCUGCUCGCAGCUGAAGGAGAACAUGAAACCAUAACCCCCCUCUCCCUCUCCUCCUCCUCCUCCUCCUCCUCAGCAUUCACAGGAUGCUUGGUGAGUAUCUGCACUGAUCCUCUGCACGCAUCAACAGCCUUUGUCCUCUGUUUGUCUGAAUGGAUGAAUGUGCUGCAGUGAAUCUGUUCAGUGUGUGUGUGUGUGUGUGUGUGUGUGCAUGUGUUUGGGGGGGCACCGUGGCGUCUUCUACCUGAUUUGCAUGACCAUGCAUGCUGCGUUUCUGUCUGUCUGUGCUAGCCUGGCUUCAGUCUGCACACAGCUAGCCUGGUAUGCUAGCAUGUGGCUAGGCAAAGCACAUGCUGUUAGCCAACAUGUUAAGCUAAACAAGGUUAAGCUACUGCACACACACACACACACACACUUAGACAUCACUGAAGAAUAAGCUGGGUAAGCAGCUAAUGUUAAGCAGCUCCUUCAGAUGAAGAUGAGAGAUAACAAGCUAACGAAAGAAGCGCGGAGGAUCAUCCUUUUCAUGUCAGGAUUGUUCAGACUUGUGAGUGUCUGCAGGGGUCAGAGGUCACAGCUGACCACCCAGCUACCUCCUGGUCACCCUUUCCUCCUCCCUGUAUGUGGAGUCACAUCUGUCUCUGUCUCUGAACCCAGUUUCUGUCUCAUUAUCCACUCUUAUUAUCACACAGAUAAAUGUUGAGAUGUACUCCGGUGUAAAAACAACAUUUGCUUGUUUAUUUGGGUUCAGAGUGGAAACUUUGGUUCCAAAGACCCUUUGGCUCCUCCCUCCCUGUGAUGUAAUAGACUUUAAAGUGGGUUAUGUUUGAUGACCUUCCCAGCUGUGGUUUUAUCAGCUUUGUGAGUGAAAAACAUGAGCAAUUGAGAAAAAGUAGAAAAUCUUCAUAACUGUCGUUUUUGGUUUGGCGUCCUACUCAGAGCCUUUGGUUCAAUCAGCAAUAGCUUCAGCAUUAGAAACAAACAAUAACAUCCAUAAUAUUCUCUCUGUAGAUGAGAAACCCAACACAUGAGUGUGCGAUGAGCUUGGACUUCGUUUUGACUUCAGUUUGUGUGAUAUUGAAAAAUACUUAUUUUAAUGUAUCCUGUAAUUUUGACAAUGAAAAUAGUUGACAAUAUUUUGCAUCCAGAAGAAAAUCUGGAAAAUAACAAACACUCAACGAUGAAAUCCAACCUUGUUGACCCUGAGGCUGGAGUUGUUUGUGUUUUGUCUGCUGGUGCUGUUUGUGCACUUAUUUGUAGCUUCAGCCAUGCAGGCAUCGAUGCUUGCACUGCUUGUGUUCUCAGUGCGCGUGCAUAAUAGUGUGUCCUAUAAAGCAUCAUCAUAUUCGGUGAAAGUGCGUGGACUCUCAAGAUAGAUUAUGAUUGAGUUUUGAGUGAGUGACAUGUCUAAUAUUGUCAUUUAGAGACAAUAUAGAUAUACAUGGUAUAUUGCAGAUGAGUAGGAUGGAAUAAAGGGCUCCUCUAAGCUUUAAAUAACUGAUGUGCUAUGCAAAGCAGCCAUAAGUGUUAACCAAUUAAGUUCACACUCAUUCACACACCACUGGCUAUUCCACUGGAGAGUAAUUUGUGGUUCUGAGUUUUGCCCACUGAUGUGAACUGUGGGAGCUGGGAUCAACCUUAGCCUUCAGGUUGAGAAAUAACCCACUGAAGCUCUGAGCUCCAGCUGCCCCUGUAGUGUGAAGUCACUACAGAGAAGGAAAUUCUCAGUUGUCUUUAAUAUAUUCUCCUGGCACCUGUUGUCUAAGUGCGUGUGUUUUUGUUUUUGACCUCAGUCCAGCAGAGAUGCAGACUGAAAUCCUUAGAGACAGGGCUGUUUGAUACUGAAAAGAUAUGAAUUUAUCUGUGAAUACAUACCUGAAAUACACAGUGUUUUAAAGCUGUUUACAAGUUUCAAUAAUGCAGAAAUGUCUUGAGUUAUUUUAUAUAUGAGUCGAUCUUCUGCUUUCAAAUCAACCUCCCCUCCUGCUUUUACUGCUUCACACAGCCCUCUGUCAGGAUCUUAAGACAAGAGGAGAUUAUAGGAGGAAUGACACAUUAUUUAUAAGCUUAAAUAGUAAUCGCAAUUGACUGACAUCAAUGUUAUCAAUGAUUUAUGAUAAUGUCUAAAAGAUGUGUUUUAUCUGCAUCAACAGCCCUGUUCUGGUAACUUUAAUUGAAUGAAAACUCACUCUCCUCUUCCUCGGGAUUUUUGCACCCCCUCACUGUACCUUCGCUAUAAGUGUAGAGGCUUUAGGUAAACACUCCCAUUACUAAUGGUCCCAGCAGUGUGUGCCUGCAUCAUUAACAAGCACUGGAAACUGUGAGAAUACACUGUCUUGCUUAAUAGAGCGUUUGUCUGGUUUCUGUGAUGGCAGCAGCGUUGCACAAAUGUUUACAUUUUAUGAUCAUGACACCGACUCUGCAUGCACACAUGCCAGGUCUUUAUCUGUCAGACAUGCUUCGGGCCUCAGCUGAAGACCGCACAGGAGACAGCUUGUCUCCUCCCCUGACCGCUGCUGCUUAGCCUCAAAGUCCACUGUGGUGUCGUUUUGACCAUCUACAUUGAGACUGAGGAGGGUUUUUUCUUCAAAAACGGCGUUGUAUGUACUGUAACGGUUGUUUUUACUUGGACAUAGUAACACGCCCCCAGCUCCUGAUGUAAGAAAAUUCCUGGAAAAUUCUUGUAGCCGCGCAAGGAGAUGGUGCUACUGAACUGGUUCAUGUGAUUUGGAGCUAGUUCUCUGGUGGUGGUAAAACAAAGAACUGGUUCCAAAUCAGGCGCUGGCUGCAAAAUAGCACUGGAACUGGCUUAGUUGAAAAAGGUUUUAUGUGUUCAAGUGAUGGGGGUGCUUUCAAGUGGUCUCAGGUAUACAUACAGGUAAUUUAAUCCUGGAAAAUGAAAACCUAGUGACAUGUACCAGAUGAUAUUUACUGUAAAAUUUCUCUAUUCUGUGGAGUUUUUACUUGUCCUCUUGAGUUUGGUCUUCUACACUGUCGUGGUAACAGAGCUCUGCUGUGAACAGCCUUUGUGCUUUUACAUUAAACCAAACAGUACCGCUAUAUUAGCGUCUCAUUGCGUAUUCCUUCAAAGCGUUGUUAUGCUGCAGAAGCACAAUAGGCGUGGCGCAUCUCUCAACUUAACAAAUACACACGGCGCUGUUUCCAUACUUUUGGUCCACUGUUUAUACAGAUGGCUUUCGCUUCCAUUACACUUCUGCUACGAUGUCCACUGCCGGCUCAGCUGCAGAAUGAGCCCCUCUCAGCACUACAUCCUCACACCUUUCAUGCAGAUGGCAAGGCGUAGCAGAGUCGGAACAGUUUGUCUAAAAGAGGCUUUUGUGUGAUUGGCUACACUGACUACGGACUCAGCUGAGACUGGAAAAUUAAGUUUACAGCUUCUCCCAACCACAGCUGAGUGAUGGACACUGUUUGUGUUUGUUACUGAAGAAUAUUGAAAAUAUCAGGUUUAAAUCGUGGACCGUACGCUCAAUCAGUUUUGUGUUUAUUCAACCCAAAAUCCUCCACAUUAGAACUUGACACUAACCAUUUAUAGAGCAGUCCAUCCCAGGUUAAAUGGACUUACCAGCUGAUAUCUGAAUGCAGCAACGUAUUGGAUAAUGUAUCUUUGGGUUGUUCACUACAGAGGAGACUUUAUUUUCUCUGAGCUUUGUCUACAUUUAUUCAGUCCUAGUUUCUCCAGAACUUUGCAAACACCCAGAUCUUUGCGUACAAAAACAUCAGUGUUUCUUUGACUUAACGUCUCACAGAGCAUUGAGGCAUCUCCCUUUCAUCCGAGUCCUCAGCACUCAAACAAAACAUUACAACUUGUUUACUAAAGUUAAUGUAGACUGACUCAAAAUCUGUCAACUCUUACAUAUGUGCAGGAAAAAAGAACUAAAGAAAAACAACAAACAUCUUCAAAAGAAGGAUUUUAACUCUGCCACAAAGUCCAUCAGACAGUCAGUGAUUUACUUUCACAGUCCUGUAACUCUGUGGGACUCACCAUGGGGACUAGUGCUGGGCGAUAUGGAAAAAAAUGUAUAUCACGAUAUGGAUCAUUUUAUAUCACGAUAACGAUAUAUAUCACGAUAUAGCUAUGGUAUGCUUUCAGUUCUAUGAAAAUUUAAAGUGUAUACAGCUGCCCUAGUACAGUGCCAGUACAAGACCAGCACUUAAAACUAGAAAAAUGAAUAAAUAAAUACGUGGCUGAAGUGCGUUCAUGUCUGUGCUCACCCAAAGUUAUGCAACACUCAGAGAAAACGCCGAUAGUGUGAGCCAAAGCACUCCAUAACAAUAAUAAUAAUAAUAAUAAUAAUAAAUUUAAUUUGUAAUGCACUUUACAUUUACAAAAAACCUCAAAGUGCUACAGUACACAGUUAAAAAAGAGCAGCAACAAUAAAAAAAUGCAAUAGAAUGACAGUCACAGAUUGGCAUAAAAACAGCAUAAAAGAAUAAAAAAAAUAAAGAAUAUAGAGUUGCAAUGUAAGAGGCAAGGUAGUAAAAGCAUAAAGGAAAACUAACCAAAGGCUUUAUUAAAAAGGUAGGUCUUUCGGGCUCUUUUGAAGAGGUUGUUCACACUGCUAGAUGUUUCUCCUCCAAAGCUGCUCUCUGCCUCCAUCAUUGUUUACUUUACACUUGAACCACGUAGCAAGACCCGAGCAUGAAUCCGAGCGCUUUAUUCGCCUACCAGGGGCAGACAGGUCAGGUGAUUUGAUUCGCCGCGACUCCAGAAAUGAUCGAAAAACUACAGAAUGUCACAAAAUUACGUUUCCUCGCUCCUGACUUGAAGGGUAGAAAUGCGCAGCCGCGCUCCCAGCUGACAGGAAGUCAAACCACUGUUGUAGUUCUUUUGUGUUGUUAGCGCGGUCAAGAGUGUUGGCUCUCACUGAGACAUGACUACAAAAAUGGACGCACCUGUUCAUCUGGUUGUUUAACACGGCUGAAAAUGAUCAUCUAUUAAUGUUGUUCCCGCCCCUGCCCACUCCUGUUGCUUUUUUUUCCCGUCCCGUCCCGAUCAAGGGAUUAAUUAAAAAAUGACUCCCAUCCCGUGGGAUUCCCGCGGGAAUCACGUGACCCACGGGAAUUCCCGAAAAACGUCAUCCUCUACAGGGAAGGUCCCGGAGCAGAUGAAACAGGUGCCGGGGCGGCUGAAAUAGGUCCCGGAUCCGAUCAAAAGAGGUCCCGGAGCGCGCUCCGACUUGCUCCGGCACAAAUUAAGCACUGCUUACAAUGAUCCCCUCACGUGUGUAACCCAGGUAACCCGCAACGGCGGGAGACGCUGGACACGAAGAGGGCACGUAAAGCGGCGUCAUGUCGCAAAAUCGAAAGAGAAAUGCGAGCCUACAUGUCAACGCAUCCUUUUCUUUGUAAGAAAAUAUUGUUUUCUUUCCCGUUUGACACCAAAUACACUUACUGAAUGUGCAAUUAUUGUUGUUGUUACUAUGAAUCAUCUGAUGGCAUUGAUGGAUUAAAUACAGCCUAUCGCCGGAAACGAUAAAAAUAGAAAUGGCACGAUAGACAUUUUCUAUCGUGCCCACGAUAUCUAUCGUCCUAUCGCCCAGCACUAAUGGGGACAGUUCGAAAUAGUUGUUUUAAUAGAGGUUCAAAAUUGAUGCAGCAGGACUACAAUUAUCACUCUUUCACAAUCCCCCUUCUUUUUUUCAAGCCUGCUGCUUUUUUUUCUUUUCAACAAAUUCCUUGAACUCCCACAGUAUGUGUGAUAUUCUGGUGUGUUACACUCGUUAUCAGCCCAUGUAGCCUGCAGCCUCUGGCCUUGAGCAGAAAUGAGCAGAAGGCUACAGAAGUCCUCGCCUCUUUUAAACUUUCAUUUUUGAACUUUAAGUCUUCAUUUUCCAAGCCAGUUGGUGGUGCCAUCCAGUACAAAAAUAAAACUGGCCAAACUCCCAAAAUACCAAAGCUGGUGAUCCUAGAAGAAAGGGGAUCCCAGACCCUUGAAUCAAUUUGUUCCGAUGGCAUUUUGACUCAACAGGCUGUGACAUAUCCUGAAUUUACAGCCAGAGUGGCAGUAUUGACCUCCUGUCUCCUCUGCCAACCAAAACACAUCUAAGUUACCUUUAAGAUGUCAAAGAUCCCUUAGGUUGGGACAGCUCUCGGUUAUGGAACAAUCAUCUCAGCUCCCAUCAGUGGGAAUCUGACAAGGAUUUAUUUGUCUCUAUAAACAGAUACCUGCAUGCAAGUGUGGCUAAAAAUAUAUUCUGGAUCAAAAAUCACAACUGUGAGUGACAAACCAGCGUGGAGCUGUGUCAUGAAUGCCAAUCAGUUUAGAUUUCCUGUCAUCUCAGAGGGCACCCAAACUUCCCACCUCUGUACAAAAAAGCAUACAAAAAAGCUGCUUUCUUCUCAACUCAACUCAACUCAACUUUAUUUGUAGAGCACUUUAAAACAACCACAGCUGUACAAAGUGCUGUACAUAACAGGACAAAAACAACAAGAUAAAAAACAAUCAAGAAACAAUCUUCUCUCCUGGAGGACAGACGCUGCUAACAGAGUUAGAAUUUUACUUUUAACAAAUCUGCGUCAUUAUUCUGUUAUUGCGGCAAACAUAAGGCCCAUUUUUGCAGCAAGUAAAUCUGAUCCUUUUUGAGUCGUGUUCUGGUGAGUUAGAGGAAAUGAAAAAGAAAUGGUAACAAAUGCACAGUGUCCAAGGCACAGUAGAUUAAUCAUAAUAAUCUAAUUCAACGUUAGAGAGGCAUGAAGAAUCAACUGUUUAUGGUCUCUCUUCUCUGACAGCUGUUGAUCUACGCUGCUUCAAUACUAUGGACAAUCACACAUUUGCCUAUUUGGUAAUUUCAGCAUCUUUCACGGCUCAUGCAACAACAAUUUCACCAAUCACAGCACAGAUGCACAGUCCAACACCACAGAGCUUACAGUAAUUAUAAGCCAAAAUAUAAAGACCCCAAGUUCAUUCAAACAAUUGCAUACAACACUUCAACCUAUGACUUCAACGUGCGCUUCCUAACUUAGCGGCAGCUGCAUCAAUCACCAUAUCACACUUAUAUCACUCCUCUAACUAAUUAACAAUGUCAAACAACACAGCAGUGACCAGUGGCCAGUAUAAAACUGGUGCUUGCUUGUUUAUUUUCCAAAACUGCCCACAAAACAGCCACUGACAGCCAGAGCCUCCUUUCCCUGUUUUGCAUGUUUUUUCGCAGCCAUGUUGGUGGAGAAAGGUGCCACUGCGCUAGUAUGACUGCUGAUGCCAGCUCUGCUACCUGCUGCUGUGCUGCUGCUGUUGUUACCGUCCAACCUCCUCAUAAAAAGCUUUAACCUGUUUUAGGUUCAAAAAACCUCAUUAAAGUUGACUUUUUAGACAUUUUGCUUCCUCCCUCUUGCUGUUCUAAAUCCAAUCAAAAAGUAGCAUCAUGCUUUGGUGACGUGCGUGAAGCUCUCACACUGCAGACGUCCCAACAUGAUGGGACUGCAAUCUCAUAUCCUGCUCUCUCUCUCUCUUGUUUACUAUGAGAUUUUUGAAAAAAUGCACACAAGUAGAAAAAAAAAACUGACUCGUUAAAAAAUAACAAAACUGAUCUUUGAACACUUUAUGCAAAGGUCCUACCAAUAAGCAGUAAAAAAAGUUAAUUAGCCCUUUAAAGACCUCAUAACGGGCUUAAAAACAUUUAUAGAGGUUAACAUUAUUAAAGGCAUAAUUAACACUUAUAAUGCACUUACAGAUUCUAAAUAGAAACUUAAUAACAGUGUACUUACCUCAUAAACAUCAAUAGGAUGUUUGAUUAUUUUUAAUUUAAGCUUUUUGAUAAAUUUGAUUUUUUCAACAUUGUGGCUAACAUUUUUUAUUGCUCAAAAGCUCCCUUUGAGGCAGGGAUUACUAGGGUCUUAUUCAAAAUUAAAAAACCACUUGUUUGAUUUAGUUAGAUGGUACUUAACAUGACCAAUCCAAUAAAAGGUCAAGUUCAAUGCCUCAUAACAGUCAAAACAUCAUUAGUUAAGCAUUUAUUAACAGCUAGAAGGGCUUCUUUGCAGCUACUGGACCUACAGUGGGAUCAGUGUGUUAUUGGGAUUAAAAAACGUUAUUAAAGGCAUGGUUGACGAUCUGAGAAGCAUUAGAAAAAAACUGAGGCGUUGGCAGAUUUUAAAAAAGUGUCCCAACCCCCACACACAAGCCUCUCCCCUCUGUGCUCUGUGAUAACUCCCCCUGAAACCUGUAUCUCCCUCCCCACGGUACACCCUCUCUGGCAGAGCAAGAAGCCGGCAGGCAGAAGAUCCUACGCUAGCUUCAAAUAGGAUUCACCAUGUUGGAUUGCUAGUGACUAGUAGCAGUAAACUAUUUACAAUGAAACUGAGACUCACCAGAAACAGACAAACAGGCACCACUCUGGACUGAUAGAGAUUACCACAUGAUCAAGUCCAGUAGCUGAUCAGGUGCUUCUUCUUGGUCUUAAGUUUUGGGUUCUUUGUGGACUUGCCAUAAUGACAUUAUAUACGCAUCCAUACACUCAGAGUUUUCUGCUACCUCUUGUUUCAGGUGUGUGAUGCGGCGGCUGCGCUGUGGUAGCCAAGAGUCCUUACUAAGCGCCGGCUGUGUUUCAUCUUUGGAGCUCAGGAUGGACCAAUCAGUGGUCAUCAAACCAGUGCACUCCUCCCUGUUGGGACAGGACUACUGCUUCGAGGUGACACACAAUCACACACACAGACACACACACAAGCACUUCGCUUCGAUGCUGACCUCUCACCCUUUUUCCUUUUAGGUAACAACCUCGACAGGAACAAAGUGUUUCUCGUGUCGUUCAGCAGCAGAGAGAGAUAAAUGGAUGGAGAACCUGAGACGGGCAGUUCAUCCCAAUAAAGACAACAGCAGGAGGCUGGAGAAUGUGCUGACAGUGUGGGUGAUUGAGGCCAAAGAUCUGCCCGCAAAGAAGAGGUAGAUGAAGCUACAUAUAAAACCUGCUGCACAGUUCUUUAUCACUGCAUGGAUUAAUGAAGAGCUGCACAUGAAACCUGCUUUGCUGUAAAACAUUCAAACACUCAACACUACAGUGAAAACCUUCUUUCUUUCACUCUGCAUUACAGAAGAUGGGGCACUACACUGAAAAUCUGCCUCACUAAAUGUACUGUAAUAUUCAAGGUGGGGGUUGGGGGUGGCUGCUACACUUUUUCUCCAUUUAACUGUACAGCAGGAAAAGCUAGUAGACCAUAUAAAACUCUGAUAUGCAAAUUCUGCAGGCUCUAUAUCACAUGAUUUAAAGGAUGCUACACCUGUAACCUGCUUAGUUUAGUAUAGCUUUUGAGCCAAAUUAACCGGGGAUGCAGUGCAUCAUGGUUGAUUUGUGAUCCGUUCAGACCACAUGUGAUUCGUGGAUUGAUGGUAAUAUGCAUUAAGUAUGUGCCCAAUAAGAAGAUUCGCCCGUCUUUUCCGUUUCCUUAAGCACUUGCCUAUGCUUCAGACUAAUCUAAACAUGUGAAAAAAGCCUGCCUGCCUGUCUGUAUUAGCCUCAGCCGUACAUACUCUGAGUGUCUGAGUGAGAAGACAGGGGAAAUAGACUUCUGCUUGCCAUUAGCAAAACUGAAAUAAGAGGAAUAACUGCAUUAUCUGCACUAAGGGGAAAUUGCCAUUACAUGCUCCUUUAAAAACACCAGAGGAAGCAAGGUGGCAUCUGGGUAGUAUCCAUGAAAAAGUUUACUAAAUGCAAAUGUCGACAGAUAAGGAGUGAAAUAAACAUCUUUGCUACUUGCUGUAUUGACCUGAUGAGACCAAAUUUUUGACCUUGUAUAUAUCUGAAAAGUUGGGAUCCCCUUAUAUUCAUGAGCAAGUCAUUACUUGGGUUGACACUAACCUAAGCCAUGUAAUGUUGUUAUAUUUACAAUAUCACCUUUUACAAUGGAACAGAAUAAUGUAGCGUCUCACUUUAAAAUCCCCUUCCCUUUGCUUUGUGAGACAGCUUUCUCAGUUGAUUUUAAACAAUAAACAACUAAGAGCAGCAUAUUUUAGAGACUGUCUGAAUCCAGUCUCUUAGCAGCAAAGUGAGUCUGUUAUGAUUUAUGUAUACAUUUUUAUGAGAAGUGUUACUUGUGUGAUAAGUUGAUCUUACUAGACUCAGGCUGACCAAUCAGAGGCUGUAUCUGUCAUCAGCCGACCUAUAAAGGUCUAAUGGGAGGGACUGAGACAGACAUCACAGCUUGCUCAAAGCACAGAAAUACAAAGGAUACAGCCAUUCUAAGUGGAUUCAUCCUAUUCAGCAUAUUAUAGGGAUUGUAGUUCUGUGCGUCUUCUGUGCAGCAAUUCUUGGCUGCUUGAUUAACACAAUUUCAGUUUACGAUAGUCAAAGCAUUUUUAUUUUAUUUCAAAGAUUUUACAAAAAACAGACUUAUCUUGUUCUUGUUUAUUUCUCCAUGGAAAAACACAAGAUAUGGUCUUUAAAAGGUAUUUUCCUAAAAGUUAAAGAGGUCCUCUUAUAAUCAAAGUUGUCCUGUAUUCAGGUCAAUGCAGUUCUGUUAUUAACAUGUAUUAUGAUAUAAGAAAAGCGGUCCAACACCUCUUUAAGCUGCUGGUCACAGACAAGUCUUCACUCAACUCACACAAACACUGCAGCCACAGUGAUUUCAGGGACAAUCAUUAAGAACGAUGAAAGCUCCAAAACAUGAGCACAGCAGGAGUACAAGGGCAUUUAAUUCACUCAGACACAGCAAUAUAAGCACAGGAACACUUCCCAUGACCCACUGUGCACUCAGCUAGAGCUCUGACUCACACAGAGGAUGACUGAAAGUUGCAUUGACUCCUGAUUUGUAUCAAGUGAUCUGCCUGUUAUGUUCACUUUAAGUUUCUUUUUUUCCUCUAACAGUUUCAUUAAGGUUUCCAAACAAUGAAAAACAAUAAUGACAACAUCAAGUAUGAAUCGGUCCAAAGUUUUCAAACACAAAGACAAGAACAAAUAGAGAUACAAAAUAUAAAAUAGGAUAGAAACUUCCCAAUAUCCAAUAUCCGUAUGAAUUGCAUGGUUCAUCAGUCUGCUAACUUCUCAGACUUCGGUUUAGCCUCACUACAAGUGAGGAGGUUCAGUGCCAGUUCUCAGCUCGGAAGGUUUCCAGAUCAGGUAAUUUAAUUGUUUUGUAAAAACAAAUUCGAUUUCUCAAAAUUUGAGGUCUGAAACGUUUCAAAACAGCUCUGCUCCUCUCAGUAAGAAAUACAAAAAGAGCUGGUUCAACCACAUUAUAACAGUGGGAAGAGUAUAUUUGAUCCAUUUUAAUAGAACACAUUUUCUAAUCGAGAGAAAUAAUUUAUCCACCAAUUAAGAUCUAAGAGAGAGAAGUGACGCAUCCCAAGAAGACAGGCUGAGUCAGAUGAGACUGUGAUCUUUUGAAACUUUGGGUUUAAAAAGGUCCCGCUAAGCUCUUUGGUUAUAGAGGACCAAAUCUGAGAAAAGUAGCAGCAUAGAUUUGAAUAGAUUAAUAUAGUCCCCCCCUGUAUGCUAAGACAUUUUGGACACAGAGGAGAUAGAACUGAAUCCAGUUUGCGACCUUUGGAGCAUUUUGUAUUGACGUUUCCGCAGUCUGUUACAGGAGGACUCGUUUAAAUACAGUCUAUGGCUUCUGGCCUGAACUUUAAGUUUCUAGAUGAUUUAAUGUAGGAAUGAAAAACUCCUUAUGACAUAACUUUCUAAUUUUUGAAUAAGGCUCACCCUUGAUUGGAAACCAAACAGAUUUAUGAGAUUUGUGAUCUACUAGCCUGUUGUAAUCAAUUAGAUCAGAGUUUAAAAAACCUUCUAUUGUGUUUUUACUGAUAUUUAUGUGAUGAGAAAGGAAGCAGAGCUAGCUAAAGUUCAUGUAAGUUCUUAAUGAUUGAGAGGAAAUUUUUUUAAUGUACCCGGAAUUCAUAGUUUGGCACAGAUAAAUAAAUCUAAAGUUUAACACUGUUGAUCAUCAUAAGACAAAGUCAUUUAUUUUAUGACAGUUAAUGGGUUAAUUCUGCCAGACUUGAUGAAAUUAACAUUAUAGUUACAACCUGCUAAGUCCGACAGUCUACCGUCCUCCUGCUGCAACACAAGGGGUUCCCACAAUCCAAGACCAGCAGAAAGUUUAAUCCAAACACAUUAUAUCCUUAUUGAUCCAUGGAUUACUUCAAAACUACAAAGGCCCUAUGAUCUUUCACAAGUUGCGUAUGAUCCAUCUUUCCAUAUUAGAACAGGUUUUGGAUCUUUUUACAGACAAACAACCUCAGCAUACACUCCUGGUGAUGGGAAUUUUAGCUCCUUUGAUGAUCAAGAAAUGUAGCUUAGCAAGUACCAUGUCUUUCAGUUCCUGAAAUGGAUUUUUAUGUCACUUGUGACGUCAACAGAUGGGCCUCUACCUGCUUUGACAGCCUUUCAUCAUUUAUCUUUGUGGGUCCCUCACAUAUGAGAAACACGAAAACCUAGUAUUACAUAUUUUUUUCCUAAAAUUGGAUUUUAACUUUCGUAUUUGUGAACUCUUUUGCAGUAACUACAGACAAUAAGUUCAUUAUUUGUCUUUCAGGUACUUCUGUGAGCUGUGUCUGGAUGACAGUCUCUACGCUCGGACGUCGUGUAAGCUGAAGACUGACAACAUCUUUUGGGGAGAGCGUUUUGACUUCAGCAGUCUGCCGUCCAUCAACGCCAUCACUCUCCAUCUCUACAAAGACACCGACAGGAAGAGGAAGAAGGACAAGAGCAGUUAUGUCGGGCUGGUCAACAUCCCUGUCGCCACGGUGACAGGCAGACAGCUGGUGGAGAAGUGGUACACACUGAGCACGCCCAGCACCAUCAGGAGUAAGUGGCUAAAUCUCUGUUAAAAUGAAAUCACUGCUGACUUUGGUGAAUAGAAAACCAGAAAUGAUGUGUGAUUAUGUAUUUAGAUGUAACCUAAGAUGAGGAAAUCAUCUUAAGUGCCUUUAAUAUGUUGGACAUCCUUUUUUGAACAGCACUGUGCACCAUCAAAGCAUUAGUGGUAAAUAAUAAUUUGCAGUGCUGGUCUACAUUUUUCUUCCUGGCUGACUAAGUGAUGUCCACAUAUAAACUCUGGCAAAAGGAUAGAAAAACCUGUAAGCAUUGGCUCUCAGGCUCAGACUGGCUUGGAGCCACUAUACUAUUGAUGCAAUCAGAGCAAUUCAAAGUGCUUCAUAGAACAUUAAAUGUCUUAUAAUGCUUCAUAUCAUAUUCUAUUUAAUGAUCGUAAAUACACUGCCUAUUUAAAUACAAGACCAAUAAACUGGCAAAUUAACAGUUCAAUUAAAGGACUUACAUUAAAGUAGAUAAGUGAUUGUGUUUAUGGGUAGGCAGUUGUAAAUAUAAAUGUUGGAAGACCUGUUAUGAAAGAGCUCACUGACUGAAAAAGUCUCAGGUCGUGAUGCUUGUCUCUCAAUGGGGAAGUAUAGAGGGCUGCCUCACUCUGCUUUGUUUUGGAUCUAAGAGCACUAUGUUAACCUGUAACAGAGGACCUAAGGAAUAUGGAUCAUAGCAAACUAGAUUUGGUUAAUAUCUUGGCCCAAGACCAUGAGUGCCUUUUACACAGGACGCAGCAACAAAAGCUGCAAACUAACUAAUUUGGACUUCGGUGAGGACUAACUUUAAAAGAGAUAGUGCAGGAUUUUGAAAUCUGUCCUCUAACACACAAGGAGUUAGUGUUGAGAUCUGUGAACCAGAGUAACAUGGCUGAUUAAUAUUUUAUUCGGAUCUGUAAAGCAAAGAUAAAUCAGCGGCGUAGCUCAAUGUUUUUAUGUCUCAUUGUGUUCCAGGUAAGUCGUCUGUACCAACAGUCCGAAUCAAAGCUCGGUAUCAGAGUAUCGUCAUUCUGCCCAUGGAGCAGUACAAAGAGUUUGCAGAAUACAUCAGCUCCAACUACCUGCUGCUCUGUAACACUCUGGAGGCCUCCAUCAGCCUGAGAGCUAAAGAGGAGCUGGCUGCUGCACUCGUCCACAUCCUGCACAGCACUGGAAAGGCCAAGGUAAUCACACCAACAACAAAUGUCGUUAGCACCCAUGCUGGGUCUUGCCAUAUUACCCUGUCCAAAAAAAACCCCACCUUUUAAAGUAAAGCCAUCAAGUGCAUCACAGCAAAAGCAGGGUUAAGGUUACAACACCGCAACCACAAGGUCAAACCCACGAUAAAAAACACCUGUGAGUUCUUUUCACACCCAUGACAUGAUCCCACUCACUAUAUCAGGAUUCAGAACCUCCAAAAAGAAGCUUUUGAGUGAAUCCUCCCACGUUUGUGCAGCGUAACUCAUCACUCAGAGUUUCUGUGAGUCUUGGAUUGAAGCUUUGUAGUCAUAAAUGUCUCAAAGACAACAAAACUGAAUUGUUGUCUUUUGAAGUAAUAACAAUAGAGUAUCUCAUCAUGUGACCAGACCACAAAAGGGAUCACAUGAUUUCCCCACAUUCAGUAUGAUUAAAUCAACUUAAGCGAAGGAUGACCCUUAAACCCUCUUUGCAGGACUUCCUGACGGACCUGAUGAUGUCAGAGGUGGAUCGUUGCCGUGACAAUGACCAGCUGAUCUUCAGGGAGAACACACUUGCAACGAAGAGCAUCGAGGAAUACUUGAAGCUGAUUGGACAGAAGUACCUGCAAGAUGCCCUUGGUAUGCAGUACAUUACAUACUUUGUUACACACACUACACAACAGUUAGUACUCACAGAGUAAUCUGAUGGGACAGAGGUGUCCUUAAUUGUCCUGAUUUUCAAAAAAAAUUUGCAGGCAAAGGAUACAUUUUCUUUUUAGAAUAAAAUUGUUAUUAGAUUUUGUAGCGAGUUAACACAACACACAAAUUUAUAACACAAUGAAAACCAUGGGCCCCGCAGUUACGUUAACUAUCUGUUUACUAAUUAAACGGAUGUCAGUGUGGUUACAGGUAAUCUAUCAAUAUGACGGCAAAUAAAAAAAGGUGUCAUUUUAGAUCAUACAUCCAAAACACACAUUCAAAUACAAUGUUAUGCUCACAAAAAUAGACGUCUUAUACAAACAUUGACAGAUGGAGUUGUUUAUCAUUACAGAAUAUAAAGGUCAGGCAAUCAUUUUUAAAGAUCUUCAGUUAGUCAGCUACAAGGUGACAAUUAUGCAGAUUCAUCCCACCAACUCUAUUAAUUCUAGCAUUUGAUAAUUCCAGAAAAAUAACAUCCAGAAAUGAGAGAACCCAGGGUCCUGUACUCUUUUCAACAGCUGUCAGGCCAGCUCAUAAAAUGUGUUUUUGUGACCCAGUGAUAUUAAACAUUGACAGGCCUUUCAUUAAUAACACAGGAACAGUCACAGCUAAAAGCAAAUCAGAUUGAGUAGAGGCCACUUUAGCUCAGAAGUGUGAAACUGGUGUACAGUAAAUUAGCAUACGUUUUUGACACGACUGUAACAUUGUUUAGCUCCAAUGUUUGAUUUGUUAUCUUCGCUCUAUUUUUAGUCAGUUAAAGGAUCAUUAAAAUCUGCUUUAAUCAACAGCCUCCUGAUUCUUUUGGAAUUUGGGUUGUUGAAAACAUGGCCUGUUGAUGUGUAAACAUGCAUGAGGAGCAUGAAUGUAGAAACAUUUUUGGUUGCCUGGAAACAGUUCACUUUUAAUAAAACAAAAAAAAAAACUUAAGUAUUAAAUAAACAAAACAACCAAAUUUUUGCCUAUUUUUUCAUAUUCUUUAUGCUGCUUGUUUAACUUUGGUGUAAAAGCAGUAUUUCUCAUAACCUCAUACUUGAUCACCUCUGUAAUUCAGAUGUGUGGGCCUGAAGCUGUGGACAGAACAGUGUAUAAAAUCACAGCAGGCCUGAUGUUUGGCACAGCAUCACUCCUUCGUCAUGUGAUGUUGCACAAAUACACUCAAAACACAACUAACAGGGAAUAAGAGUCAGUUCAAGGUACAAGAAAUGCAGAAAAACAAUAGCAUGUGUUUGUGCUUAGGUGAGUUCAUCAAAGCUCUGUAUGAGUCAGACGAGAACUGUGAGGUCGACCCGUCUCGCUGUGCGACCUCUGACCUUGCAGAGCAUCAGGCCAACCUGAGGAUGUGCUGUGAACUGGCUUUCUGCAAGAUCCUCGACUCAUUCAGGUAAACAAUGAUGUGCAAACUGUAUGAGAAGUGAAAGCAUAUGCAGUAUUUUCUCUGUGUUCACUGAAGCACUAUGUAAAAUCUCCUCCACUCAUAAACUCAGGGUCUUCCCCCGGGAGCUGAAGGAGGUAUUUGCAUCAUGGAGGCAGGAGUGUGGUAACCGAGGGCGACCGGACAUCAGUGAGCGCCUCAUCAGCGCCUCCUUGUUCCUGCGCUUUCUCUGCCCUGCCGUGAUGUCACCGUCACUGUUCGACCUGAUGCAGGAAUACCCUGACGAACGAUCAGCAAGAACCUUAACCCUCAUCGCCAAAGUCAUCCAGACACUCGCCAACUUCAGCAAGUGAGUCAGGGCUUUCACUGUGAAGGAGCUAGAGGGCUCUUACUCCACAGAUACUGGAGGGCUCUUACUGUGAAGGAGGUGGGAUUGACUACUUUUGUGAGGCACUUUGACUCGUCCAAGUACCUGAGCCUGUAACCUUCACUCGUAAAGCUAUUUUAUUAUUAACUGUUACAUUUAUUCCUUUUCAUGUCACCUGCACAUGUAACCUGUAUGUAUGUGGUCGCAGGUUUGGGACUAAAGAGGAGUACAUGCUGUUCAUGAAUGACUUUGUGGAGCGACAGUGGAGCAGCAUGCAGCGUUUCCUGCAGGAGAUCUCGAACCCUGAUGGUCUGAACCACACAGCUGGCUUUGAUGGGUACAUCGACCUCGGCCGGGAACUCUCCAGCCUACACACUUUACUGACAGAGAUUGACCAGGUAACACUUUACCAGGUAAUCUAUGGCAAGUCCAUUUCCAGCUGACCUAGUAAUCAGACUGUUUUCAAGUUUCACUGUGCAUCCAGGGCUCUGUUGUUUAAAAGUAAUCUGAUUGGAUUAGAGCUUUCACGUAAGAUUACAACUCGAAAUCCGGUUGUUUAAAGGAGCAGUACAAUCGUAAUUCCAUUAGAGUGGGAACACUUAUCACUUAAACCCUCUGUUUAAUUUAAAACAAUGUUAAGACAACAAAUCAAAUAAAGUUGUGUAUUGUUAGAAAACACAUGGAGGAAAAUCUCCCAAACAGUUAGGUGUAUUUUCAGAGAGGUUGAGUCUCUCAGAAGGAAAGAUGGGAAGAGGUUCAUCACUUUGUGAGAGACUGGGUAAGGAAAUAGUUCUACAAUUCCAGAAUAAUGCUUAGAAGUGUAAAAUUGCAAAGAAUGUGAUGAUUUUUCCAUCUACAUGAUAGAAUCAUAAAAGAUUCAGGACUGAGUUUGUUUUGAUUUGUUUGAUUGUCCUCUGUCUUUGUAAUAGAGCUGUUAGCUGUCGUGUCUCUAUUCCCACAUGGAAAAUCUUCACAUCUAACCAAUGAAUGAGACUCAUCUCUUCUGCUUUUACCCACGUCUCCCUGGAUACUUGUCUUACUCUCUCUGUUUCUCUGCAGUCAUGUCUGGCGAAGCUCAGUCCUCUCCCUCGGAUCCUCAGAGAAGUCUCAACAGCUCUGGCUAACCCAGGUGGCGUGGGUCAUCCUGGGGGGAUGUCUGUGUCUUCUCCAGAGCCUCAGCGUGUGGUGUCUCCGCCCCCGAUGUCCCCACCCCCUCUUUCCCCACCACUCUCACCUCCUCUGGCAACCUGUAAUCCCUCUAUGGGUCUGCAGGGCGGCGUUGGACUGGACGGAGGGUAAGCCUCAUAGCCUAAAACCCAAGCAAAGAUAUUUACAACAAAAAACAGCCUGUGUAGAGAUCUGAAGAGAUCUGACCGAUCAUAGUUCAGUGUGGGUGGGGCUAAAGGACAACACAUAAACAGCGAUCAUUAAAAGACACCAGUUUCUUUUUACUUCUAAUGUAAUAUGAUGCCAACAUUAAACAGCCUAAGCUAGCAGAGAGCAGAACAGCUUUCCUUCAUGAUAGAAAUGGCAUGUUUUUGUAAUUUUACACACAGAAGUCGAGGGUAUGAAAAGUUGGCACAAUGACAGUUUGGUUUUAUAUGUCUCUUGGAACAGUUUUGAUUUUGUGUGUGUUUUUGUGUGUUUGUGUGUGUGAAGUAUGGUAGAUUUCACCAGACUCCCAUCUCCGACACCGGAGAACAAAGAUUUGUUCUUCGUCACUAAAGGAUCGAGUCUGCAGCCAGCAUCAGGUAACAUUUAAUUUUGAGUGUCUCCUUACCAAACAGGCAAACUGAUCGGAUCUGUAUGUCCAAUUUAAACUGAGUUUACAAAAACUCAUUAAUGAGAACUACCUUCAGAUUUUUAUCUUUUCCUUGACCUCUGACCUUUCCUGUCAAAUGAUGUCAUUUCCCACAGGCCUUCAAGGCUCACCAGCUCCGAGCUCAUCAUACUCAGAGCCUAAUGAGCAUGAGGGAGGAUUUGAAAUGACCAAUGGGGGCAGAAGAGAGGGGCAGGAUCUGACCAAUGAAAGCCGCAGCCUGUCCCUAGUUGACCUGCAGGACACCUCUCCCAGUGACGGUCUCGAUGACAGCCAAUGGCAGCGCAGGACUGGGCUCCUCCCACUCUCCUUUCAGAACCCUGUGUAUCACAUGACCACCACAUCACCACGACCUCAGACAGAUGCCACGCCCUCUGACGGCUCAGUGGGAUCACAGGGGAACCCGGAGGAAAGAAACGCCAUGGCAACCAAACCUGCAUUUCUCACCCAGAUGUCUGUUGGGCUUGGAGGGGGAGAAAGGGGGGAGAGAGGGGAGAGAAUGUCGGCCAUGUCAAGCAGCAGCAGUGGAGAGGAGUACUCUCGACGAGCUCUGUCCCUCACUGAGACACUAACAGGUACACACACGUCAAAUACUCAAAGAUGAUGAACCACCUGCUCUCCCACCAUUGUCACUGAAUUUGGUGGUUUAAUGGUUAAAAUAGAGACACUAAUCCUCCAGUCCAGUAGAGGGUGCUGAUGCCACUAGGGCAUUUUUCAAACUGGCAGUCACUCCAAGUGUACUCUGUGCAUAAGCGAAGACCUGGAGAGUAACCGCUAAUUGUGUAGAAACCAAGGUCAAUUAAAUAAAACCAAAGAUUGACAAACGAGAGAUAAAGAGUUGAGAAGAGCCUUUCGCCUCUUUGCUGACAGCUACAGUGAGCCCACCUGUCAGUAAAGUCAGCUGUGCCUCUAAUUAUACAAAAAGUUACUCUAACAUCUUCAAAACUAGUGAGUGAUUAGAAAAUCAUCUCCCAUACAGUAUGUGCAGGUAGAGCAUUUGUUUUUUCAGACUAAAAUUGUAAGCAUUUUCAUCCUUGCUUCAGAGUGAAUGGGUGUAUAAGGGGUUUCUGAACUCUUGAAAUGGACACUCAGGUGGACACUCAAGGAACUGCAGUUUUUCAACUUCUGCAUUGGUUUCACAUCUCAAAUAGCAGAGUUAAUUCCUUUACAGAUAACUCUGAGUAACUUAAAUGUCAUCAUUUUAAAUUGUCCCAAAAAAACAUAUGUUAUAAAUUGGUGUCGCAGAGAUGAAAAUGGAAAAAAAAAUUGUAUUAAGAAGACACUAACUGUCAAUUCUAUUUUGUGACAGACGUGUUAGUGCUGUUUCCUGACAAAAAAUAUCUGCUCCAUCAGUCAGGUUUAUCCUGUAUCAUGAAUAUUUCAUGUGGGAAAUGCAUAAGGAGACUUUAUCUUCAGUGUCCUGUAGAAAUCCUGACCUAGCCUCCUAAAACGGGGCUUUAAGUGCUUCUCCUCAUGAUGUCACUUUGUCACCUCUCCCCCUCAGGUAGCUCCGCCCCCCCUCGCCAGAACUCCUCUGGCCCUCAGAGACGCAUUGAUCAGCCUCCUCCACCAUCCUCUGCUCCACCGGGACCCCCACGGGGUCGGACACCACCCAGCAUGCUAAGUGGUGCAGGAGGUUCCGCCUACCCCCCUCGCCCUGCAUCUGGCAGCAUGAUGUCAUCAAGUCCUGAUUGGCCGAGCAGUGGCCAGUCCAGACUCAGACAGACAUCCUCGUCCUCCAAAGGAGAUAGCCCCGAGAAACAACGAUCUGCUGCCAAGGUAACAGACUGUUGCCAUGGUGAUUUGUCAGUGUGAAAGGCAACAGGCUCAGUCUGACAGUCUGAGUCAUGACAGUCUGUGAGGAGUCCACAUCCUGGUUCAUGCCUUAAUUUUCACUGAGUGUGUAUGUGUGAAUGUUUGGGUGCAGGCUCCCUCCCCCUGCGCACUGGACCGCACAGCAGCCUGGCUGCUCAACAUGAACUCUGCAUCCUCCUACGGUGAGGCAGAGGAAGAUCGCCAUGAUGAGGCCCUCAUAGAGAAGGUAAGACUCCUCAUUCUGGGUUUGUACUCAGUACAGUGGGAGUUCUGGUUCUGCUGAUAGUGUAGAUGUUCUUACUGUGUGUUUCUUUUUGUGUCUACAGUACCAGCAGGAGAUUGCACUGCUGCAGGAGAAGUUGCGUGUUGCAGCGUUGCGGCAGGAUGAGUGUGAGGCCCGACUGUUGGUCCAGGACCAGCAAAACCAACGCAUGCUGCAGGAGUACCAGGUGAGUAACAGAACUGAUCUACCUUUAGGAGGACUGUCACUUCCUCGGAUGUUGUUUCCUGUUUUUUUCUACCCCCAUUUUAUUCUAAAUCUCUCCGAGACGGCUGAUUGGUGGUUGUUACUGAAGAAAUCAGCUGAUUUACAGAUGUUACAGGAUAUUAUUUACCUGUAGAAAAGCUUACCUGAUGUAGGAGAUGACUGAUAGUCACAAGGCACCUCAGUAAACACACCAAAAAACUGUUUUUGUGUUUGCCUGUGUUUUCAGGCUCGUCUGGAGGACACAGAGAGCAGACUGAGGAGGCUGCAGGACGAUAAAGACCUCCAGAUGAACAGCAUCAUCAGCAGGUCUGAUCAUGGCCACUGAUAUUGCUCGUUGACACUAAUAAUUAUGGACACUGUUCUGGUACAAUCUCCAAAAUAUCUUGCAUAAAGAGGACAUUUAAAUAUAGAAACCUUUUUAAUUCUGUAUUUUAGACAACAGGAGCACCAGCACUGCAGGAUAUAAACUUUAAAAAUUUAAUCUUAAAAUAGCUCCAAACUACGGGAAUCUAUGAUAGAAGCAAAGACGAAAUAAAAAUAGUGAACAGCAUGAUGAUGUUGUUGUGCAGCAGGAAGACUGCUCGACUCUCUGUGCAUCUGACAUUACUGACUUGUUUCAGUAAUGUCAGCUAAACCACUUUUGAAUGAGACACAGAUAAUGUUACACUGCUGCCUGCUCUGUUGCUGUCCAGUUUGAUUGACAGCACUGUCAGAAAGAUACUCAGUAGUGUUCUUGAAGUAUGUUAUGCUCAGCGCACUCACUCACCUUGUCUAACUGACGUCUCACUGCUCACAGAGGCAGGAGUCACCCAGAGUCUCAAAUAAAAUAUGAGACGCAGACAUUCCACUACACAAGGUGUGUGUGGGAGGACUGAAAUAGAGGUUGCUGCUUCAGCCAAAGUCAAGCUGCUUGUUCACAUUUAUGCAGGACUUUUUUUGUACACUAAGCAGUACAUUGCAAAUAUACAGUUCAUAAGAUACAGAAGGGAGAGCUCCAAAUAUUUUAGUUUCACUUUUGACAGUUGACAUGUCAUCCAUAUUUUUAGGAAGCCUUUUGUUCUGUCCAAUUACUGGUUGUUUAUAACAAUUUUUCUGCUCCCCUGUUUGCCUCGACACUCCUCUGACCUCUCACCUUUGCAGGUUGAUGGCUGUAGAGGAGGAGCUGAAGAAGGAUCACUCUGACAUGCAGGCUGUGGUGGACUCCAAGCAAAAGAUUAUAGAAGCACAGGUAUCUGACUGUCUAACUGUCUAUCUUUUCUUCUGAGAGUUUAAUCCCUCUUGUGAUUUCUGCUUUGGAAGUUUUUUUCCAGAGAAAUCAAACCCCUUAUGUGUCUCUCCUCUUGUCUGCCUCUCAGGAGAAAAGGAUUGCGAGUCUUGAUGCAGCUAACAGUCGUCUGAUGGCAGCUCUGACUCAGCUUAAGGAACGGUACGCUGUGACAUCACAGAGGAAUGGCUUGUCUCCUAGCAACACGUCAUCUCUGCAGAUCACCGAGAAUGGGGAGUUCCGAAACUCCGGCAACUGCUGA